AUGGGAGACUUCAACGGAAGAGUGGGAAGGAGGAGAGACCCAUGGACAGCAUACCUCGGUCCCCAUAGUGACAGAAGCACAGAGUGCAACUAUAAUGGACACCAACUCCUGAGCCUGUGUGCAGAGUAUGACCUGGUCAUCACCAACACACUCUUUCAACACCGUUCCAGCCACACCCAGACCUGGUACCGGUGGAGUGACAUGACAGUCUCAUCCCAGAUAGACUUCAUCCUCACCAGAGCAUCCAGGAGAACCUCAGUCCAAGAUGCACGGGCGAUACCAAAUGCCGGGUUGGACACAGACCACAGACCAGUGCUGAUGUACAUGAGAGGGAAGGGAAACGGGAGCCACAGACGAAAGCUGCCACACGAGCCACAAAUCAACACACACAAACUCAGGAAGAACAUGGACAUUCAAGAAGAAAUAAAACAGAGAGUUACAGAGAGACUAAAGCAAGAAGACACAUGGGACAAGAGCGCAGAAGAAACAUGGAGCAUCUUCAAAAACACUCUUCUUGACUGCCUCAUGAGCAAAUGCGGGAAGAAGAAAAACGGAAGAGGUCAGAGAAAAGCCACCAAGUGGUGGAAUGACGAAGUGAAAGAGGCUGUACGGGAGAAGAAGAGACUCUACAAAGUAUGGGUGAAAUCACAGACACAAGAAGACUAUGUGAACUACAGACUAGCCAGAAGACAGAGUAAGAGAGAGGUGAAACAUGCAAAGGACGCCUCAUGGAAGACCUACGGACAUGAACUGAGUGAGCUCUGCAAACGGUCACCACGAGAGUUCUACAGGAGUGUCAGAGCCAUGCGACUCAGGGACGAACCUUACAACCCAACCCCGGUGAUAAACGACCAGGAUGGGAACCCUAUAUAUGAGGAGGACAAGAUCAAACUGCGUUGGGAACAAUACUUCAGAGAUCUCCUCAACCCGGUUGACGAGAACAGAAGUCACAUCCAGUUCAACCCCAGCUACCCAGAGCACACAGAACCCAACACACUGGAGGAAGAAGUGCGGAGAGCAGUGAAGACCAGCCCAAAGAACAAAGCUGCAGGGGUCGACGGGAUCCCUGUAGAAGUCAUUACAGCAUGUGGCAAGACUGGCAUCAGGUGGCUCACUACUAUCUUCCAGAAAGUAUGGGCGGAACAGUGUGUGCCAGAGGACUGGAGGAAAUCAGUUGUCAUUCCCAUAUGGAAGAAGAAAGGGAACAAGAAAGAAUGCAGCACAUACCGAGGCAUCUCCCUCAUCAGUCACACGGGGAAAAUAUUCGCAAAAAUACUGGAGCAAAGAACAAGAGCAAUUGUUGACCCACUGCUCAGUGAAGCCCAGUUUGGUUUCCGGAAAGGGACGGAUGGGGUAACGCCCGCUGAAAACAAAACGGUGUUCGAGAGCCUCAUGUAUGAGUUAAGACAUCAAGCCAGUGAGGUCGCUGUCUAUAGCGAUUAUUUCGAGGGACGGUUGGAGCCCAUGCUCCGGGAGAACUUUGCAACAUCACAGCUUCCUGGCUUCCAACAACGACUCAAGAAAUGGACAAACAACAACUGUGAAGCCUCAACCACAUCUUGA